AUGGGUGCCCUUUCCAUGCUAGUCUUGCUGCUGACCCACCCGGUGGAGUUUCGCACACUGGUCCAAUACAAGCUCUGGCAUGAACCAAACCGCGACCUGACCGCGCCCAGUGAGCAUGCGCAUUCCGGAUGGAAUCGAAAGUCAAUGCGCAGGUGCUGGGAGUUUUUGGACCUGACCAGUAGAAGUUUUGCGGCAGUAAUCAAAGAAGUAGAGGGUGACUUGGCGAGAGCAAUAUGUCUCUUCUACCUCGUUCUCCGAGCACUCGACACUAUUGAGGACGACAUGACUCUUCCAGACGAAAAGAAACAACCUGUCCUCCGAAAUUUCCACAAGUAUGCGGUGACACCUGGCUGGACAUUUACGGAAAAUGGCCCGAAUGAGAAGGAUAGACAGUUGCUUGUCGAAUAUGAUGUUGUCAGCGAAGAGUUGAACCUCCUGGAUAAAAGAUACCUCGACGUCAUUCUUAACAUCGCGGAAAAGAUGGAAACUGGCAUGGCUGACUACGCGCACAAAGCGGCUACGACGGGGGAAAUAUAUGUGGAGAAAGUUUCCGACUACAAUCUCUACUGCCAUUAUGUCGCAGGCCUCGUUGGUGAGGGUUUGAGCCAACUCUUCUCUGCCUCUGGGAAGGAAGUGCCAUGGCUUGGCGAACAGCUCGAACUUGCGAAUUCCAUGGGACUCAUGCUCCAGAAGACGAACAUCAUUCGUGAUUUCCGCGAAGACAUGGAUGAUCGCCGCUACUUCUGGCCCCGGGAGAUCUGGGGCUCCGAAGCACUCGGAAAGGCAGUCGACCAGCCGGCUUUCACGAAUGUUGAGCAAAUGUGCGACCCAAUCAACCAGCGGCAGGCGUUAUGGGUACAGAGUGCUAUGGUGGCAGAUGUGUUGGGACACGCAGUUGACUCACUCGACUACCUCCGUCUGCUCAAGCAGCAGACUGUAUUCAACUUCUGCGCCAUUCCUCAAACAAUGGCAAUUUCGACGCUAUGUCUAUGCUUCAUGAAUUACGAAAUGUUCCAAAAGCAUAUCAAGAUCCGUAGGGCAGAAGCUGCAUCAUUGAUUAUGCGCUCUACAAACCCUCGGGAUGUCGCCUACAUCUUCCGUGAUUAUGCACGCAAGAUUCACCGCAAGGCCACACCCGAGGAUCCUAGCUACAUCAAAAUUUCUGUCGCGUGCGCAAAGAUUGAUCAGUGGUGUGAGCAACACUAUCCGUCCUUCGUGAGCAUAUCAACAUCUCCCAGCGGCAACGCACAGCAAAUAUUUGACCGAUCCGACGCCCGCACGAAAGUGGUUGAACUCACCGAGAAGCGCGAACGCGAGAUUGCUUUGGAGAAGCGGUUGGCGUCCACAGGCCCAGUCAAACCGCAACCUUUGGGCGAGGGUCAAAACGACUUCAAGGAGAUCUUAUUUUAUGUGUCCAUUGCGUUCGUGUUGGUGAUAGCAGUCGGGUUGGGUGGAGCCUGGCUACUCAUGCAGAUCUAUGCGUAG